AUGAAAAGUGAAACAAUCAUUCUAGACUAUGCCAAAUGUGAAUCUUUCUCAGUACCCAAAGACUUUCAUUUAAGUGGUAUUUUUCAAUAUGGAUUUGAUUUGCUGGAGGCCUUCAUAAGAUCUCCAGAAUGCAUCCCUCAAAGGAAAGGUGCUAGACUGACUUUGGCAAAGUUACUGAAACUUUUGUCAGACAAAGGCUCAACAGAAAAGGCACUCACCCACCAUUUACUUUCAAAACUUACUGUUAGUUCUAGUUACUUACUUGACAGCAAAUGCAGUGGGAAAAGCAGAUAUAUAGUUUGUCCCUAUGGCUGUGGGGAGAAAUUGUCUGGAACUUACGGAGACACAUCAUUUGGUAAUGCUGUUUUUAGUUUUUUGUUUGUGCAUUGGAUACAGAAGAAACAGAUUCAAAUGAUGAAGACAAGUGUUCUAAUGGUCGCCUGCAGAGAACAAAUUAGGACUGAAGCAAUAGUGUUCUCUUUCUUGCAAAAGAAAAAUCAUCCUGAACUAGAAAAUUUCCUUAUUCCAAGUAUUAUAAUAUCAAAGUCACAGGUUGCUGUUUGUAUGUAUGAUUCAGAGAAUGAUAUAUUUUUUGAAACCCCUCGUUUUGAUCUGUUUAUUGGAGAUAGAUAUCAAAAGAUUGAAACAGUUAUUACACUGUGGUUAGUUUUGAACUUUAGAUAUUGCUGCAUUGGAGUUGCGGAGGAGAUAAUGGAUAUUGGUUAUAAGGCUGAUUUCUUCAAGCACGUUGGUUCAGUCCUUGAAAAAUACAGUGAUGAUGUUACAUCACCUUGUAAUAAUGUUUGUGAAAAUUAUUGGCUUGCCUUACCAGUACUUAAAAAAAUAGAAAGAAAGACAAGAAAUGUUAAUGAUAUAGUCCAGCCUUCAUAAUCACAAAUAGAUAAAAACAUUACAUUGUUAAAAGAUUUCUUGUUUGUGUGAAACAUUGACAGUAAUUAAUAAAAAAAACAUGUAAAAUUUGGUGUUUGAAUAUGGAAGUAAAAUGGACUCAUUUGACUGAAGAGGAAAUAGGAGCCAUAUGGAGAUUUAUUUCGCGAUACAUUUAUAUAAAACCAUAUUUCUUGAAUUAUUGCUAUGUAGGUCAAUUUUCUUAUAGUAAAAUUCAGUGUUUGGUGAGCGACUCAGGGCCAUCAUGGCCCUCUUGUUUUCUUUUUAACAUUAUUUAUUUAUCUCUCUG